UCCCACCCCUGGAAAAGACCCUGGUUCACCGUGCAAAGUGAAUUGAAACACUACGUUCGUUGUUCAGUAGUGUUUAAAUUUAAAUUCUCUUUGGUGCAACGUUUUGUUAAUUGUUAAAAAAAUAUAAACAAUACAAUUUAUAAUUAUAUGAAUUAUUUAUAUUAUGCCUGCUAUUGAGUUUUUCGGUAACGAAAAUGAUGAAGAUUAUAUCAUAUCCAGAGCCAAAGAUGCUCAAAAAUACAAUAUUUAUUCUGCUAAAGCAUGGAUGCUUACAGCAAAAACAUUAUUUCCAACAAAUUUUAAAAUACAAUUUGAAGCGUAUUUGAUGGAAAAACAGUCGGGGAAUGUUAAAGAAGCAGCAGAGUGUUUUAGCUCUUUGAUUACGUCUAGUCAAAAUAUAUCGGAGUUGCUUCCAGAAAUAUCUGCAAUUGCAAAUGCUUUGAAAUCGAAUGAAGUAAGUUUUUUGAGCCAAAUGUUUGACAACAUACUGCCCGAUAUACAGUUGACUAUUCUUAAAACAAGUGUUGAACACAGUGAUGACACUAUGGAACAUUGUCGCUUGUUAGUACUUCUGCUUAAGAAAUUUCCCCAACUUGGUGUGGACAGCCUUGUCAAAACAUUAAUAAAUGCUGAAAAGUUUUUCUGUGACAACAGAUAUGCUCGAUUGCUAGUAGUUGAGACUCUGCCACUUCUUAGUUCAAUUGAAUCACCUAGAUUACUUCAAAAACUGUUGAUAAAAGCAAUUGACUAUUAUAACUCUUAUGUUUAUGACGAUACUCAGCAAGAUAUUACUGAUCCAUGGCAAAGACUUUAUGCUGUUUUAGAUCUUUUAGGAAAGCAGUUGGGUUGGGAGCCUUAUCUUCAAAAUUACAGUAACAGUUUGAAUAAAGAGACAUAUUUUCAAAAAUUAUUAGUACUAAGAAAUAUAGAGGAUUGCAGACAGUUACUGUAUUGUGGAACUGUUUUCUUUUUGAGGUCGUUAUAUGAGCACAGAAAUCUUAAAGGAAAUCAUAAUAUAUUGGUAGAAUCACUCUCAGACCCAGAUUUGCCAAAUUCGAAAAGAAGAAAGGGAGAAAUUGAAGUAACAGGAGUCUCUGCUUACCAAUUUCAAUCAGCUGCAAGUUGUUGGGAGCUACUACAUAGUACUGAUGUGAUUUCAAGAGAAUUUUUGAAAUUGAAAUCUCAGCUACAAACAAAGCCUUGGACCGAAGGAUUCACUGAAGAAUUAUCUUUAUAUAGAGGAAAUUAUGAUGAGGCAAUGCCACCUAAUUCAUUGAAUAAUCUGGCAACCAAUGUUGUUAGAGUAUCAAUCAAUUACUUUAAAAAGAACCAUUCUGCCUGUGUGGAAAACAUAUUAACAGCAUUAUCGCAAUUACCAGUUCUUGAAGGAGCUUUAGAAGCAGAUCUGAUUGUUGGAGGAAAAAUUAGACAUCUACAUUAUCUUCCUAUGACAAAAGUUGCUAUAAUGCAUUAUUUUUGUACUCUACUGAUAAGAGUUUUACUUAACACAGGCAAUACUACAGACCUUACAUAUGGCCAUAUAUUGGUAUUGAUGCAACUAGGAUGGCCCCAGGAGGAAUCCUUAUUUCUCCAUAUUUUAGAUGUAAUAAAACAAAAGGGUGGUUUCCACUAUCAUCUUUUUUCUGCAUAUAUAAUACAUAUAGAUAUUCUAGAAGAACUAAGUUAUAUCUGGAACGAACAUGGCAAGAGCAUUGCUUUAGAUAUAUUACCAAAUUCUCAGCAACAUUUAGGUCAAAGAAGAAUAGGAACAAGGGGAGCAGACAAAGGAGUUAAAGAAGAUUUUAAACAAGCUAUGAAAGCGCAGGUGUCGAGGUGCAAUGAAUCCAUACUUAAUUUAAUGACACAGUUUAUUACUUCGGAAAGAACAUAUUUAUUGCAAAUUAUGUAGAAAACUCAAUGUUAUAUUUUAAGUUUGAACAGAUUUGUCAGUUGCAUCAUAUUAGCUGUUAUAGUUAAGGUUUUAAGUAAAAUUUAAUGUUAACAGUAAAGCUGACUUUAACAUAGACUGUGGAAUGUGUUGCACCAAUGUAUUUGUUGGCAUAGGUAAUGUCUCAAGGUCCACAUGAUUCAAAAGCGCUUAGUUUAAUCCUAAUUGAACAAACAUGCUUUACUUUUCUCCUUCCAUAAUCGGUUCUUCUUCUGUACACAAUAAAGAUUAAUGACCAAAUCCUCAUCACUAUCAUUCAUCUUGUAAUGCAGCUCACAUUUUUAUCCAUUACUAGUUGGCCCGGCAGACUUCGUACUGCCUCAAUUGAUAAAUAAAAGACCUAAACUUUUGUAUAUAAUAAAUUUAAAAGAAACAAAA